CUUUUUUAAAAUAAGUAAAUAUAAAUAUGCUAACUUUACAGCUGAAACCAUUGCCAGCAUUACUGGUUGCAUGCGAAACCAAACUAAAUCAAACAACGUAUCAAUCUACCAUGACCGCAGACUCAAAUAUGCUGGUAGUCGCAGGCGGCUACGAAACAUCGCCCGUAUAUAUAACACACCCGAUCGAUUGCCAGCUUCUCUCCUUCAGAGUUCAGAACACUGCCACUGAAACACAGAAGCAAAUAUGCAGAGCACCGUCGUGCUUUACACAUGGAUGGUCAGGGGCCACCUCCAUCCCAUGACACAGUUCGCCCACCAUCUCACCGCACAUGGCGUUCCUGUCACCGUCGCCGUCGCCGACGUCCCGUCUACAGGCAAGUCCUCUGAGACCAUUGCCGGCCUCGCCGCAUCCUAUCCUUCCGUCUCCUUCCACCUACUACCGCCGUCAGCGACCCGUUCCGCCCAGACGGCUGACCCCGAUGCCGAUCCAUUCAUCGCCCUUGUCGCUGACCUCCGCGCCACCAACUCCGCCCUCCUCGCCUUCCUGAGGUCCCUCCCGUCCGUCAAGGCUCUAGUCACCGACUUCUUCUGCGCCUACGGGUUUGAUGCCGCCGCAGAGCUCGGCGUCCCGGCCUACCUUUUCUUCACCUCCGCUGCGUCGGUCCUUGCUGCCUACCUGCACAUCAACGUCAUGCGCUCCACUGUCUCCUUCCGGGACAUGGGGCGCUCCCUGCUGCACUUCCCCGGAGUCCACCCAAUUCCGGCGUCCGACUUGCCGGAAGUGCUGCUCGACCGCGGCGACAGCCAGUACAAGACAAUCCUUAGCCUUAUGGAGCAGGUGCCAAGAUCUAAGGGCAUUCUGUCGAACACGUUCAAGUGGCUGGAGCCCCGCGCCGUCAAGGCGAUAAAAGACGGGACUCCCCGUCCCGGCGAGUCAGUACCGAAACUGUUCUGCGUCGGUCCAUUGGUCGGCGAGGAGCGGGGAAGCACCGUGAAGCACGAAUGCCUGAGAUGGCUAGACAAGCAGCCAGCGCGGAGCGUGGUAUUCCUCUGCUUCGGGAGCGCGAGCUCGGUGCCCGCAGAGCAGUUAAAGGAGAUCGCCGUGGGACUGGAGAAGAGCGGGCACGCCUUCUUAUGGGCCGUGCGAGCACCCGUUGCGCCGGACGCCGACGCAACGAAGCGGUUCGAGGGACGGGCCGAGGCGGCGGUGGAGCCGCUGCUGCCGGAGGGAUUCUUGGACAGGACGAGGGGACGCGGGAUGGUGGUUUCUUCCUGGGCGCCGCAAGUGGAGGUGCUCCGGCACCCGGCGACCGGCGCGUUCGUGACGCACUGCGGAUGGAACUCGACGCUUGAGGCUGUUGUCGCCGGGGUGCCGAUGCUGUGCUGGCCCAUGUACGCGGAGCAGGGGAUGAACAAGGUGUUGGUGGUGGAGGACAUGAAGCUUGGGGUGGCCAUGGACGGCUACGACGAGGCGACCGUGAAAUCUAGGGAGGUAGAGGCGAAAGUGAGGCUGGUCAUGGAGUCCGAGCAUGGGAAGCAGAUCAGGGAGAGGAUGGCGAUAGCGAAAGUGAUUGCAGCCGAUGCGCUGGAGACCGGUGGGUCCUCAGCGGCAGCAUUUGUUGACUUCCUGGAUGAUCUCAAGAUUUCCAUGCUAGAUGUUAUUUAACCUUUAGUGUUCGCCUUGUUCAGCUUGGUGGAAUUUGUUUUCUAAAUGUUUAAAAACAUCCGGCUGAUUACAGCGCGGUGUAAACCUCCUCCAAUGCGCGCCACGCCUCCAGUACAGAGCCACCACCGCUUUUGCUUUUCA